AUGUUGGAGAUAUUCCGUAACAUAUCUAAUGGUAGUGGUCGUUUUAUUCAUUUAGUAUAUGUAGAAGAUGAGCUCAGCCUUAACCUACAAAAAGAAGCCUUGUCAGUUCAUUCCUUUUUAAUAGGAAGUGAUGGAAUUUUGGAUAUGGUUAGGGGCUUUGGCCCCACACUUGACCCUCUGAGAAUGAUCUUCACCAUUAAUGAAGGAUAUCAAAUUGAAGUUCUUCAAGAGACUUGCAUAGAUUCAUUUAGAACAGCUGAAAACGGAGAGAAGUUGCGUGACGGUGCGUCAUUUCGAAGCAAAUUUACUGUUGUCUGUUUAACUGGAUUUGAGCAGCUUUCUCAGGAUAUGAGAAAUGAGACUGAGUUUGGAAACAGUGAUUUACUUACACUGUACAACCUAACCUUCCUGUUAGCAUCUGGGAAGCCAGGAGUUAGAAACCUUCCAAAUUACAGCGCUUCUAAGUUGACUAAACUGUUAUAUGAUGAGAUCGGCGGAAAUUGCUACACUAGAAUAAUUCUUUGUUUAUCGUCUAAUCCGAAUUCUGAAACAUACACACUCUUAUUGAGGUUCACUUCACAACUUACACACAUUACGAAUGCUCCAGUUAUGAACGAUGAUUGCGCCUUGCUACUGGCAGCAAAAGCACGAGAAACUCAGCGUUUAUUAGAGCAAACUAUUUUCGAACAAGCAGGUGGAAUUAGAACGAAUUUGGAGCACAAUGAUAACACUAUACAGAAUGCUGAUCCUCCUUUUCUUAGAUUAAAGGAACAUGUUCAUGAAUUAUCUGAAAGGCUUGAAAAAACUCAAGUGGAACUUACACAUGCCACUGAUGAACGAGUGAAAUUAUCAAAAGCUUGGCUUUUGAGCGAAGAAGAUAGAAUGCAAGUAAAUGAGAAAUUAGCUCAGACGGAGUUAGAAUUACAAGAAGUUCUGUUGAAAAAUAAACAACUCCAACUGUUGUGUGAAAAAGACACAGAAGCCCUGAAACAUGUUACUGAACUACAAAAGUCUAAUGAUAUGUUGAAUAAUUAUUGUACAGAACUGAAGAAGAAAUUAGAAGAUCUACAGGAAGAACUUACAAGAAUGUCUAUUCGUAAUGAAGAGUUAAGUCGGGAGCUACUCCACCAGACAGUAGAACAAAAAUCUGUUCUCACAUUUCUGGCUAGUAAAAAUUCUAACAAAAUGAAAGAAUUGCCUAGAUUUGAGAAAGAAUUGAAUCGUGUGGAAGUAAUGCUCAGUGGUGAAUCAACAACAAACGGAAAAGAGAAGUUUAAGGCAUAUCCCGAAGUAUCCACGCACAAAUCCAAAACAAAUGUAAAUCGAAACGAUAAUAAUUGUCGAUUGUCAAAGAAGGAUUAUUCAACCCCGUCUGACAGUUUAAUUCAAAAGACCGAAGAUAAAAUGAAACUUGAUCUGAUAAUUAAAGAACGUGAUCAUCUGAAGUCGCAGCUGAUGAAUACAAAUCGAAAUUUGGCUCGUUUCUUGAAUGAUUUCAGGAGUAGAUUAAUUUAUCAUAUAAAUGGAAUAACUCGGUUAGUAGAUGCAACAAAGUCAAAGGAUCAAAUAGUUGCUGAAGAAGCUGUCUACAACCUUGAAAAAUACAUUAAACACCUGAUCACUGAUAUACAGGCAACAUACCAAAUACGUGAAAAUGAACUGAUUAAAAUUAUUCGAUCACUUAACUCACAGUACCAUGCAGCACUUAAAGCAGUACACAAAGUUAUGAUCUAUUAUACCAAACUAAGAACACAAGCAGUACAACGAGGUUCAAGUAUCAGAGACCCAGGACCAACACCACAAGAGUUAAUUGACCAGUUGGGCUUACAACUUAACAGGAAUACAGAUUUCCUGCUUAAUCUGAGCUCUUCUGUAAUGGCUGAAAGUACUCAGCCUAUCGAUAUUACAGAAAUCAAUCCAAACUUUCAAGAAGAUAAGUUUCAAAAGCGUUGGACGAAUUAUUCAAAUGAAAUGUAG